GAUUUUUUGUCGCAGAAGUUUCGGUUCCCGCGACCGCAUGGAGUCGAAGGUAAACAAUCGGUCCUUACUAGUACAGGUGGUCGACACAAUAAAGUAAAUUUCAAGAAUGCAAUACGUACUGCGCGAAGGUAUUAGACUUAGAACGACUUCCCCACAAGAGCACCAACAGCUUCGCCACCAAUCCAUAGUAAACCGCACUGAUGAUUUUGAUUGCAAUCUGAACGACUCGAAGUUACCUUUUUAGACCGUCCUUCCUGCUCACUUUUGUUCUUCUUCUACCACGUCCAGCACACUCCUGGACCACUCUCAUAUAUACCAGCACUUGAAAACUAAUGUUGUAAGCUGCUGGCCUUGGAAAUAAGAGGCGGCAGAAGUACAAUUUCGUAUCAUCAAAAUGUUCUUUUCCCACCAGCAGCGGCAGUUCCUGAGCUGCGCUCUGCUGCUCUUGCAGGGCUUCCUGACCGACGUCCUGGAUAAUCUGCAGAUAAUUAAGCGGUCCUACGGAACGGCAGGCUGGGCCUGGUGUGCUGUGGCCGCUCUGAAGGUAAAGGAAGACGAAGUUUUUUCUCGGUCAGCGUCAGCUCUGAAGGUGAAGGAAGAUGAAGUUUCUUCUCGCAGCUCAGCUCCACCACUGACCUUUGCCGAGCUCUGCGCACGUGUAUGCAUGGCAAAUAUGUCUGGGUCUGGAAGAUUGCAAGAUUUCUCAUGCUAGUUUGGCAUGACUCAGAACUCUGUAUUGCGUAGGGCCAUCGGAAGACCACCUCCUCUUGUCUGUCAUGCAAAAACCAUGUUUCUCAUGCGGAAUACGCAACACAGUGCCAGCACGAGAAAAUCUGUCAUGCUUGGCGGUGCAUUACAGCGCGCUUUCUGUUCACUCACAUGCAUCACAAGUUUAUUCCAGACCCAGACAUAUUUGCACUUGAUAACGUGUGAACUUUUACAACCCGGCCUCGGGUGCUGGAACAAGAAUAUGGGCUCAGAGAAAUUCAUGUCUAGUACCAUGUUCGAAAAUUUAAAUUUCGCAGUUUUCGAAUAGCGCCAAUGGCAAAACAUUGCGCGCCUCCUUUGCUUGUGCAAGUUGCCCAGCCACGGAGCUGCUGCCAGAGUCGAACCGCUACAGUUCUGCAAGAAGUAGCGACGGCAGCGCCGGCGCCGCGCUUUUUAUUUCGCACGUUAAGCGCUUCGGCCCUCUGGGUUAUGACCUCACUCCUGGCAUCCUGCUCUGUUGUGGUCGUCGCCCGGGCACAGGCCUGCCGCCCACGUUGGGGCCUUUGCCCGAAGAAAAAACUGGAGCAGUUGCACUGGUCGCCGGCUUGUGUUUCUCGGUCUUAGGUGUUUCGGCUCAGUUUGGUGGCUCUGCGUGUUUUCGGUUUUCGGCGGUUUUGUCGGCCAUCGGGGGCCGCGAUUUGGGGGCAGGGCAUAGGGGUUCUGGCCGCCGGGAGCGUCUGUAGUUCGCCCCUCUGAGUGGCAGAGCGACACCUCUACAGACGGCAAGCAUUCACGAUCGGCACUGGCACUAUGAAGAUUGUGGCUAAGAAACCAGCUGAGUGGAGUGCGUUGCGAACCACUUUAGGGCAUGUUCUGAAUAGUGAGGGGCCCGGCUCCGGUUUUCAGGGGGUGCGCUCUGUGGUCCCCUCGCGGUGUGUAGCUGCAAGGCUUUGCCGGAAGGUGGCUGCCCGAGCCCUCCUUCCGGCGCCCUCCAGGCAUUCUCUUGUGGGGUGUUUUAAGUCGUCGUCGAUGUGGCGCCACGCUAGGGCCAGCUCGGAAAAGGAAGGGCAUUAGGUCCGCGCCCGGCUUCGCAUAGGCCAGGGCGCAAGAGGUUUCGGGCCGUGGACAAGCAAAGCCAACAAAGCUGAGCGCCUUCGCCGUGGUUCGGCAAGCUGGUUGCCCUUCGUGAAGUGAAGCGCCUCAACUCCGGCCAUUUUUGUAAAACCCGCCCCCGACUGCGAGGUGGCUCGAGGCGAGACAAAUGACACGGCCCCACGUGGAUGCCAGCAUAGGCAGGCUCCUCCCGCUUCGGCCUCUGGGGCAGGUAGGUCUGCAAGGGUUGAGCGGCCUCAGCUCAGAAGGGGGCGAUGGGCUUUGCCUUCAAAGCUGAAGCGCCUCGGGUCUGGCCAUUUAGAAGAAAGCAGCGGGAGGGCCGGGGCCGUUUCCGGGUUGGGACGAGGGGCGCCUGGGUUCCGAAGAAUGUGGCGGAGGUUUGGAAGGAGGGGGUCCAGGCUCCGGAUGAGGGCGCUUGGGCUGUGGAAGAAGUGGUCUGGGUUCCGCGUGAAGGGGGCCGGGGCCCACAGGAGAAGACCUGGCUCCGGGAGUAGGCGGCUGAACUUGUAGAGGAGGUGGUCCGGGUUGGGAAGGAGAAGGCUCGGGCCCCAGGGGAGGUAGCGGGGGUUGGGGGAGGAGGUAGUUGGGACAUCUGCUGGCGCUAGUGCAAAUUGUUGGGGAUGAAUCGUUUUCGUUUUGGAUUUGCGUUCGACUCUUCCGGCUACACCUUGCAAUGAGUCCAGGCAGGGACUCCUUGCAAGGACUCCUUCGAAGGAGUCUUUUAAAUUUACGCACUUGAAUUUAUUGCCAUUGGCAACAAAUUCAAGUGCGUAAAUUUAAAAGACAGUAAAUUCAAGUGCGUAAAUUUAAUUAUGAAGAGAAAUAGUUGAGACUCUAUUGAAAGAGUCAUUGCAGUGAGUCGUUCCAGUGACUCUUUUAAAUUUUCACACUUGAAUUGUUACCCAUCGGGGGUAGCAAAAAAAAGAGUGCUGAAAGCGACUCGUUUUUCGAGACCAAUAACAGCCCCAACAAAUUUUCACACUUGAAUUAAUUUCCACCAGGAGGAGUCGCCUUCGUCAGUGGCGAAUAGAUUUUCAGUUUACAAUGGGCAUUUUCACCUCUAGGUGAGAGGCGAAAGCGCUGUCGCCUCUCACCUAGAGGUGAAAAUCCUCAUUGGUAACUGAAAAGCUUUUCAGUUACCAAUGGGGAUUUUCGCCACUCGGUGAGUGGCGAAAGCGCUUUCGCCACUCACCGAGUGGUGAAAAUCCCCAUUGGUAGCUGAAAAAUGUUUCAGUUACCAAUGGGGAUUUUCACCAGCCGGGGGCCGGCGAAAGGCAUUUACACACUUGAAUUUCUCAGGCUCUAAAAGAAAAGCGGCGUUUUUCUUUUAGAGCCUGAGAAAUUCAUGUGUGUCAAAUUCGAUUUCUUCAAAAAGUUCAACCUUUGGCCGCCGUGAUCCGGAGCUGGCAAUCAAGCCAGCCCCGACGGUCGGCGACCAACCGCCUUGUUGGCGAAAGCGGAUUGGUUCAACAUUUACACACAUGAAUUUCUCAGGCUGUAGAAGAAAAACGCCGUUUUUCUUUUAAAGCCUGAGAAAUUCAUGUGUGUCAAAUUCGAUUUGUUGAAAAAGUUGAACCUUUGGCCGCCGUGAUCCGGAGCUGGCAAUCAAGCCAGCCCAGACGGCCGGCGACCAGCCGCCCUUUUGAUGGAAGGGGAUUGGCUCAACAUUUACACACAUGAAUUUCUCAUGCUCUAGAAGAAAAACGCCGUUUUUCUUUUAGAGCCUGAGAAAUUCAUGUGUGUCAGAUUUGAUUACUUGAAAAGAUUGAACCUUUGGCCGCCGUGAUCCGGAGCUGGCAAUCAAGCCAGCCCAGACGGCCGGCGACCAGCCGCCCUUUUGAUGGAAGGGGAUUGGCUCAACAUUUACACACAUGAAUUUCUCAGGCUCUGAAAGAAAGACGCCGUUUUUCUUUCAGAGCCUGAGAAAUUCAUGUGUGUCGAAUUUGUUGGCUUCGGAACCUCAAAGCCGUGGUGGGCACCUCAUGGACUAGGCAAUGGAGCCAACCUCGGCGUUCGGGGAUCAAGCGGCUCCGGAUCGAGGGCCGGCUUGUUCGAAGUCCACAAAAGAGAAGCUCCAGAGUUCUGGAAGAAAAACGGCGCGUAUCUUUCAGAGUUCUCGAAGCCCCCUUUUCGGGGCCUUGUUGACUUUGGAAGCUGAAUGGGGUUCGCCGGGGCCGGGUUUUGGGCGCGUGUUAUAAGAUUCGCAGAGGGUUUCGAAGUUUGCGAAUUUUAAAUUUUCAGAAAUGGACUCUCACAUGAAUUUCCGAGAGCCUAUAAAGAAGGAUAUCCUGUGCAAAACAAGUAUCGUACUGGUACUAAUCGCAGUCAUGCAAGACAAAUUUCUUCUUCAAGCUAAAUCAGCAUGAGAAAUUCCAUUUGUCAUGCUGAGCUAACUUGUAUUGCAACACUUACUACGAGCACGAUACUUUUGCAAUGCAUAAAGGAGAGAAUUGAACAACGACAGAAGUCGAAGUGAUGGCGAACGCCGCGCCACGUUUCUUGUUGAUGAAGGCGAGGUAGAUCAUUUUGAACAAGAAGAAGAAGAUGACGAAGAACCUCCGCUCUUCUACCACGCACGUAUCCAGAAUGUGCCAGUGCAGACAGUUGUGCUGCACGAUGUGCACGACGAGGACCAUAAUAUGACGAAAUCAAAGGUAGAAGUACUCAUGGAGCAAGACGUGAAGCUGACAGGUUGCCAAGUUAUAAGUCAACUAGAUCAGCUGGAUCAUGAUGUGGGGGCGCGAUCUUCAACAUUAUCGGCCGCGGAACGAGUACGAGAAGUAGAUUCGUCUUUUCUGUGGACUUCCUCCUCCGUGGUUACUUUCCGGUACGAAUACGUGUACCGAGCGAGUCCACCCCCGCUUGUUGAUGACAUAAAAUCUGGGGGACCACGUGGAGUUGCCGAGCCUCCACCUCCUGUGGCAGGUAGUUUUGCUGCACACCAGUAUCUGACCCUUACCGGCACAACCGAGCCGUUUGCCGCAGAUGAAGAGGUGCAGUUGGUGACGACUUCAACAUCUUCGGGUGUUGAUGUUGAUGACAGUGGGACUACUACUGCUCGCGCCAAAACAACAAGGACAAUAAACACUUCUUUCAAACUCCUGUAUCAGGGCGAACCGCACCCAAUUACGGCCGUCUGUAUUGCUGGCGGCGGGUAUCGGAUGCACUUAACCGGGAUCGGGUUUGCUCAGGCUUUGUUCACCACGCUGGCUAGUGGCAGUGGUGGAGAAGUUGAAGACGACGACAAUGAUGUAAACAAUACCGGUGGUGCUGGUCCUCGUCGUGCUGCUGUCAACUCCACUAUCGAAGGGAAGUGGCCCGAGUACCUAUCCUCAACAAAGACGUGGUCCAUAGCCCUCCCAGAGUUGUUCGUCAUGCAGAUAAUUUGCAAUCGCCAAUCGGAGGACGACCAGGAACACUUGUAAUACGCAUCCCAAUGUUCUUGCGAGGCGUUCACAGUCGUUCUUUAUUGGCCGCAAUUGUAGUGCUGUAGUACAUAAACAGCACGAUAGGUGGAAGAUGGAUUUCUUUGUGAUGCGGCUGUCCUUGCAGCUAACCUGCAACACAAUAGUACAGCGCAAAAUCUGUCAUGCGUAACGCCCAAAACUACUUCUGGAUUUAUUGCGUUGCUGAGUUUCCAACUUGACAACUGUGGGGUCCUCGUGGGGACGUUCUUACAUAGGAUAGUACCUGACUGGUUCUUCGGGUGGGUCCUGGACCGUGGCGAAGCUUUUGUACGGGGCCGAGAGUUAUCAAAUACAAAUAUGUCUGGAUCUGGAAAACUGUAUAAUGCAAGUCUGCGAUUGAAGGGCGCGCAGCUCCUGGAGUGGGCAGUCACGCAUGGCAACAUUUUUCAGCUCCUGCUACGUGUUUCGUAUUCCGCCUGGCAAUAAGAAUAAAUGGCGUUUUUGCAACAUAACAGGCAAGAGCAGGGGCUGUUCGUGUGUGUGUGUGUGCAUCACAGACCUCAGGGUCGUGCCAGACAAGCAUGGCAAAUCUUGCAUAGGAUUUCAGACCGCCCAGAGGAUGACAUAUUUGCAUUGCAUAAGAUUCGGUUGGAAGAUCAGGGGAAUUUUCCUCCUCCUGCAGACAAACUACAACUGCACGGUGAAGAUGUAGACCACGCCGGCGGUCUACUACGUGAAAAUCCAUAUAAUUAUGAUCCACUGCCGCACCAGGAGCCCACUCUCAUGGCUGAGCGUGAGUUUUUGCGCAAUGUUGCCCUUGUGAAAGAAGAAGACCCCACUUGGCAGGACAGCUACAGCAGGAACAACGUCGCAGCACGACGCAGCCACUUCGAAGAUGUUGCUGGUGCAACUACUUCUAUUGACACUCAACAAGAAGAACUACACAAUAACAAUCGUGCCGCGCACAACGCGCGGCUGAUCCGGUUUUCCGGAGGCUUAACCGUGACGGAAUUGCGCCAAUUGCUUCUCAAAGAACGCAAGUCCACCUCGCGAGUAGGCUUGGUGCGAAGAUUGUUCUUUGGAACAAGAGGUGGGGCUCGACCUCGACCAGACGUCGCGGAGGCAAAAAAUACGACCACGCCGGCAGCUGUUAAGGCCGCUGGAGGUGGGAGUACUUCUAGAGCUGACCAGAACUUCUACAACAUCAAUGAUGCUGACGAGCAGAUCAAUCUCAAUUUCAAUUUCACUCGCCCGCCCGUCUACGACCUGUCAAAAUCGAGUUUACUGGGCAGUUAUGAAAUGUAAAAAUGUCUGGGUCUGGAAGAAUGCGCGACUUGUCAUGCAGCUUUUCCAUGACCGAUGAGGUCUGGAAUGCAGGACCUAGCAUGACAGAUUCUGUGCGAUCUUUCUCCUGCCUAUCCCGCUUGAGAAACUGCCUCCCGACUUGGUCAAAACUGGACGACUUUUGGUAAUCACGCAACACAGAUUUUUGCAUGCUUCAGAUUUACUAGCAUGACAAGUUGCAUUCUUCCAGACCCAGACACUUUUACAUUUGAUAGCAGUUUUGCCGCUGGGAUUCUGCAAGGACAAGCAUUGGCAUCGCUGGAAAGCAAUUGGAAUCAACAUUUGCUGCAGCCAAGAAAUUAUGACCUCGAGCCACCACCACUGAUGGACAGCGCACCAGUAAGACUCCUCGGCGCGACCGCUCCGCAACCGAUCCUCGUCACCGGGAUCCGUAGAUGGUCAUGGAGCAGUAAACUGGUAUCUCUGCCGAGAUUAACAGCCAAGAACUCUGCGCUGCACAAGUACGGGUAUUUUAUCAAAGUGAAAAAAGCCCUGACAGUGACACCCCCCGUAUUCAAAAGAUGAAUUUGCGUUGCUGGAUUUCUUGCGUACUACACAAAUGGGUCGUUUUGUACUGCAGAAAGAGCUUGUCGGCAUAUUGUUCUAAGCCCAUUUUGGUACUACGCAUCUGGCUAGCAGCUGAGCACGAGAAACAAGUCUCACAUGGUAGGAGAAAACGCUUGACAGACUCGCUGCACAAGGCGCCACGUCAUGGGUGCCGUUUGCCUUGUACGCAAGACAUUAAAGCUGCUCACAAAUCAGCAUCACAAAAAAUUUCCUUUUCAAUAUGGGGAGGGGAUAUUUUUCCUUACAAUAUGUUUGCCGUUGUCCUUUUACCGAGACGGGCUCGCGGUGUCCGUGCCAGAGGACGAGGAAUUUGACAAUUCGUUUCCCAGAACAUCAGCAGGCUCUCGCCCUGUCCUGCACAAAGUACAACUUCUAGAUAAACAGCCCUACACUUCCUCUACCUUCUCGACCUACCGCUCCACUUUUGCGGACCGUGUGAAGAGCGUUUUGUUCAUCCGAAGCAGACAGUUUGAAGCAAAAAACACGAGACGCUCUGGCGUGCCAUCGGUCGCGCAUGCGUAUGGAAGCGUCAGGACCGAAAUCGACAAAGUUGAAAGAAUUUCUCACGCAUAAAUUGCAAGGCAUGAAGUGCCUCGCUUGCAGGGAUGGCAAGUGACGAGGCCGACUGUCGCCCUGUUUGGGGUCUGCGAUAGAGCUGCUAAAGUAGCAUGACAAAAGACGCCUUCUUUCCCUAAAAAGUCAGCAUGACAGACUGGAUUUAUAUAGUGCCAAAAUUUGUUGUGCGCUACUUGGAAACUGGGCUUCCACAACUGGUAUUGAUUUUCUGCAUCACAUUUUUUUCAACUUUAAUAUCGACUUCGAUCCUGACGCUCCCAUAACGCGAUCGCGGCUAGUACGAAUGCCCCGGCGAAUCUUCUCGGACACGUUUCCUCACCGUUGCAGCUCAUCGGAAUGCCGGUCAAGAAUGUUGACACUGGGCGAGGUGGAGGUGAUCAUCCAGGUUCAGCAUCACAUCAAACCGCAAAAGUGAAUACUAAAACUGCCCCGGUAUGGGCUUCCUACAUGGACGGCGCGUAUUUGGACAAUUCCGCAAUUUUUCCAGCUUUGCAGAACAACGCGUCCCGCUUGAUCCUCUGGAAAUGUGGGGACUCGACCGUUUUCCGAUUGGAAAAAGCGGUUUCGUUUUUGGAAAACGAACUCGAGAAUUUAGCGGCGGAGAGAGCAAGUAGAAGAAUUUCAGGAACAACAAGUAGAGCCACGAGGGCACCAUCUUCAACUUCGCCUGUUUUUGACAGAAGUGUGGAUGAAACCACGAGCAACAUCAUCGACACGCUAACGCAGGCUGAAAUCACGAAAUAUUUCGUGGACGGGAGUUCUUUGGUGGAAAGAAUCUGCAGCGGAUUCUUGCCCUGCAAGAAACUGUAUGACCGAAGAACAAGAAUGCCGCUCGUGAGCAAAAGGGUCGGGCUUCGCGAUUACCUAUACAAUGAGCUAGAUUUUCUUGCCCUUUUUGGCUUUAUGAAGAUGACGGACAUCACUGGUGACGUUUCUCGGAACCAAAUAUUCAGGCCGUCCGACUUGCUCCCGGUGCUGAAAGCGAUGCUGGCGGGUGUGAGGAGGACAUCAAAUGGCACUAAGCAAGGCAGUGAAAUAAAUAGUACAACAAGAGGCGACUUAUUGGUACCGAUCAAAAACGAAAAUCUUCCCGUGGUCACGAUGCGUCUGCGGACGGUGGCGAACAAGUUUUACAGGAUCCCGAAAAAUCGCAUCUUGACCGUCACCAUGGCCAGCGCGCACGCAGAGGAGACUGAGAUGGAACCAUUUUACGCGUAUGUUGGGAGGUUGGCAACAGAGGUUGAGCGGGUCGAUGAAGAUCGAGUUCGAGAUGAUGUUCGUGGUCCCGCCCGUGCUGGACUCGAACAAAAUAACCGCCCUCAGAACUACGGAAGCCGUGAGACUCUUCCUCCGAAGUCAGAACUCGUGAAAAUCGGCAGAAGCUUCACACAAGAACAUUGCGGCAACAGCGUGUUUAUGCAGCGCAAAUAAAAAGAUGUCUGGGUCUGAAAGUUUGUUGUAGGGCGCAAAUUUUUAUGUAUACUGAUUGGUAGACUAUGCUGGUGCUUUUUGAUUCUGAAACUAUAACUAUCUGAUGUAAUAUUGCUUCUUGAGCAGCAAGGGGAGUCCAGCCGCGCUUGCUACGCGCGGGCGGAGACGGAAUUAUUUCUCAUGCAGGAUAGGCAUCGAGAAGCACUCAGAAAAUCUGUCAUGUUGCUGUGGACACAGCCCUUAGAACUCCGAUGUCAUGUUGCUUUGGCAUGCAUCAUAAAUGAUUACACACUUCAUGUUCAUGGGUCAUGUAAAAUGUGCAUGACAGUAGACAUUGCAUUUUUCUUCCAGAGGACCACCCAGAGAUGAUAUUUUCAUUUGACAGUGUUUCCGAACGGGUUUAAGAAUAUGAUUUCGGCGCCGCGGUCGGAAAUCUGUGGACGCCUGUUUUUCGAGCUUGGACGCUUUUUUCCGCUCGGGGCUGGGCAUUUGCAGAUGAAGAUGAGAAGGGAGAUGAAAGAGGACGAAUCCUCCUCUUCUUCUGUGUCACAGAAUCAUUGGAGGGCGAACGUGGAAAAAAAUGCGUGGGGCCAGCCUGGCUUCGUCGAUCUGGUUGGGAAAUCCUCCAGGAGCCGAUGAAUAUGAAGUGGAUAUCAGCGACAAGAUAGAAAUCGAAACACAUCUCCAGCAUGCAGAUUCGAUUUCGUUGCAGGGUGGAAUUAUUGAGGAAAAUAUAACUGAAAGAAGACAGAUUCAGAUUAAGCCUCUUUGUACUGAUGUGACUUCAUUGCAUCCAAAAAGUACAAAACAUGUUUCGCCGAAAUCUUCGUCUCCAAGCCGCAGUGGCCCAGGUCCUGCAUCUUGUUCUUCCCGCCCGUGGUAGAGUGGAGACAAACAAAAAAAGAAACGGAAAAAAAAAAACGCGUACUUAAAACUCAGGCCCUCCGUUCCUACCGCGAGCUUUCCACCCUCAACUCCGGUGCUUCGUCCAAAGAAGCUGCGACCCAAAAGAACCAUCACCGCCGGACUAUCAAAAGGAAAAGCUCCCCCUCCCCAUAUUGAAAAGGUACGUUGCCGAAAAUUUGUGUUGCUGAUUUGAGGUCACAAAUCGUCUCUGUGUUGCAUGAACGCAACUCCCCAAGCUCCGCCGCAUUCUACAGGCGGUCUGUCAUGCUGUUUUAGCUACAGCGUCGACGUCUGUCAUGCUAAGCGCCUAGGCCAAAACCUGUAGCCUCAGGCUUAAGAUGGGCCUGCAGUCCUCGCCAGCAAGACAAAUCUGAUUUGUGUACGCAAAUCCAGCAUCAGAAACUUCGUUUUGAUAUGGGGAGGGGGGAUUUUUCAUUCUGAUACGGACGAACGCCCGGUAUUUCAGCGAGAAGAAGACCAAUGCGGUUACCCAGCUAGUAUGAAAUGCAAAAGCAUCCUCGCACUAGUAGAAAUCGCAUGACAAAUUCCCUCAGCAUGAAAAAUGAAAUUUGUAAUGCGGAUUGAGGUCAAGAAGGAGAUUUGUCAUGCAUACUUGCAAUUAGUACGAGUGCGAUGCUUUUGCAAUGCAAUAGCAUAUAGCUAUGCAAGCCCUCCUCCUAGUCCGUUCCCGGGUAGGCCUUCCGUGCCUGGGGGGGGGCGGGUGGGUGCGAUGGGCGGUCAUGGCCUUUUUCUUUAGGGCGCCCGCGCCGGCAGCCGUUGGCUGGGUGCGGUCGGCGGGUGCCCGGCGCGCGCACGCUUCGGCGGGUUGAAAGGCGGUCGCUCGGGCUUCGCCGAUCACCCGCGGGACAAGAGGAGGCGUCGGCGCCCAAGACCUCGCAGGCGCCCCUGUUCUGUCGCUUGGAGUAUCUUCGCUGCGUUUUUUCGUUCUGAGUCGCAUUAUCAAAUCGUUUUCAAUGCCCUGAAAUCCUGAAAAGUCAAAGGAAAAGUUUUGGAAAAGUUCGAAUCGCCCGCCAAUUAAAGCGUUUCCUUUGUAAUGGAUAUCAGCGACAAGAGAGAAAUCGAAACACAUCUGCAGCAUGCAGGUUCGAUUUCGUUGCAGGGUCAAAUGCAUGCGAGUUGGCUGGUUUCGUUCUUUCUGCCAUAGAUUUAAGAAAGAAGUGAAGAUGUUGUGUAUACUAGUAGUAGUACAAUAUUGGAACUACCUAGUACGAGAAAUUAGGAAUUACAUU